GCCAGAUGCUUCCGAUAUGUCACAGUUAUCCUUCACGUUGCUAUUUUGUUUUUAUCUUGCAAAGUACGGCGAAAUUGUAGGCUAUUUAUGGCUAUGAGGGCUAACUGGAAAUAUGACGUUAGGAUUUGCAACUCAAACGCGCGACGUGAAGCAAGCGAAUGUCCUUGGGUUCGUGUGUGUGUGCCAUUCUCCCUUAAGCGCCAUUUCAUUCCAUUUUGUAAACAUUCUCUAGGCCUACAUGUGGACGAGAUCAAAUGGACCGUUUACACCAGGAAAUCGUUCUCUUGACAGACUCCGCAACAACAACACAAAUAACUCUUAAAUCGCGGUCUUUGUGCACCUGGAUGGCUCUGACUUUCUGACAGAUGUUGCUGUGUUCAUUUCUCAGGCAAUUGGAGUGCAUUUACGUCUCAAUCUGAACCUCACACGGAUAGCGACACCAUGUCCAGCCGAGGAGGGAAAAAGAAGGCCACCAAGAUGUCCAGGUCGACGAAGGCCGGAGUCAUCUUCCCCGUGGGGCGAAUGCUGCGCUAUAUCAAGAAGGGUCUGCCCAAGUACAGGGUCGGUGUGGGUGCCCCAGUCUACAUGGCCGCUGUUCUGGAGUACCUCACUGCUGAAAUCCUGGAGCUGGCGGGCAACGCAGCCAGGGACAAUAAGAAAGGACGUGUCACACCACGACACAUCCUUCUAGCCAUCGCCAACGACGAGGAGCUCAAUCAGCUGCUGAAAGGUGUGACCAUCGCAGCCGGAGGAGUCUUACCUAACAUCCACCCUGAGCUGCUAGCUAAGAAGAGGGGGUCAAAGGGCAAGCUGGAGGCUGUCAUCACGCCUCCUCCCGCCAUCAAGAAAUCCAAGAUGUCUGCCUCCAAGAAAUCAGCCAAAAAGGCAGCUGCAGGGAAAAGAGCCAAAGCUAAGCAGAAACAGGGAGAGGUGAGCAAAGCUGCCUCGGCAGACAGCACCACGGAAGGAAUACCUACGGACGGAUUCACUGUCCUCUCCACCAAGAGUCUUUUCCUGGGUCAGAAGCUAAACCUGGUUCACAGUGAGGUCAGUAACUUGGCUGGCUUUGACGUGGAGGGGGUCAUCAACCCCACCAAUGCAGACAUUGACCUUAAAGAUGAUCUAGGUGGUGCUCUGGAGAAGAAGGGAGGGGAGGAGUUUGUGGACGCCAUGUUGGAGUUACGGAAGAAGAACGGUCCCCUGGAAGUGGCUGGAGCGGUGCUGUCUUCUGGCUAUGGGCUUCCUGCCAAGUUCGUGAUCCACUGCAACAGUCCAGGUUGGGGUUCGGAGAAGUGUGAGGAGCUGCUGGACCAGACCGUGAAGAACUGCCUGGUCCUGGCCGACGAGAAGAAGCUCAAGUCUGUGGCCUUCCCUUCCAUUGGCAGUGGAAGGAAUGGCUUCCCGAAGCAGACGGCUGCCCAGCUCAUUCUAAAAGCCAUCUCCAGCUACUUUGUGGCCACCAUGUCUUCUUCCAUCAAGACGGUCUACUUCGUGCUGUUCGACAGCGAGAGCAUAGGGAUCUAUGUGCAGGAGAUGGCCAAGCUUGACUCAAACUAAGCCCCCCACCCAAUUGCAUUACUACAGGCUUGUUUAGAAUUUUAUUUAGAGAGAAAAAUGAAAGAUGUUUACCGGUGAUUUUUGUAAAAAGAAGAGAAAAAACCCACUUUAUUGAGAGGAAGUGAUUUUACGUUCUGUUUUAUUUGUUGAGAUGAAUCGUUGGGAGUUCAGAUAGUAAUGUGUCGUGGGUCGCAGCUCCGAAGGGUGAAACGUUCUGAAUGUUGUCUUCGUCUCUCUGAUUCCCUGAUUGUACGUGACACAGUCUCUGUUCUGUUGUGUUUCCGCUGAGCAAGGCCCUGGUCCAAUCAGGAUGGUGGUACUUAAGUUCCUUGUGCUAAAACUGAACGAGUUGCAUUCCAAGUGUUGCAGUGUUACUGUGGUUCUUUUGUGAGAUUUGUUUAAAUGUUGUCCUUUUAUUUUAUUUUAAUUGUAACAUAACCUUUUUAUGUUUACGAUUUAUUAUCAGUGAUGGAGUGAAAUGUUUAGUAAAAUAUUAGACAGUGACGAGGUUUUCCUUAUUUAUUUUUUUUCUUUUCCCUUAAAAAAAAAAAAACAGUUUUUGUUUUUAUUCUGAUUUUCACUUUGCCAACUCUAAAAGAAACGUAUUUGGAAAAGAAAAGUGAUUUGUGUUUUUAUUCAGUUAUAAAGCUAUUUUGUUUUGAGGAGUUGAAAGAAGUUGUACAGGCUUUUGAUCACAGGCAAUUAGUCCCCUCUCUGCUCACAGGCAAUUAGUCCCCUCUCUGCUCACAGGCAAUUAGUCCUCUCUCUGCUCACAGGCAAUUAGUCCCCUCUCUGCUCACAGGCAAUUAGUCCUCUCUCUGCUCACAGGCAAUUAGUCCCCUCUCUGCUCACAGGCAAUUAGUCCCCUCUCUGCUUACAGGCAAUUAGUCCUCUCUCACCAGUAGAUGGCUCCCUUAUCGUCAGGAGUGAGGUCUUUCACUGAGCCAUUUUGUGCUGGAAAGACCUCUUUUUCAUUACGAUGUCUAAAAUGAAGUGUCUGAUGGGUGGAUCAGAAUGGAUGUUGCACUAGCUAAAUGCUGUGACCACUGUGUUUUGGAGUUUUCCAUAUCUUUCUAAUGAUGACUUGAAGAAGAAAAGCCUUCUUAAUAUUGCUAAACAUGAGAAUACAGGACUAUCCAAUAAAGUAUAUUGAAAACA